UUGAAUCAAAGUGGCCAGUUCAGUAACAGUGUUAGUAACGAUGAAGAAAGCGUCUCAACACAAAUGUACCAAGAGAUUCUAACAAUCUAUGUGUGUGGGUCAGUGUAGUAAUGGAGGGUGGAUCGAGUCUCCACUACUCCUUUCAUGACCCAUGCUGUGUUGGCGCUUUGUAAUAUACAACAAUUUAUAUGUAUUCUUUUUUUUUCCCUCCAACAGACUGUGGUGCUCGUGAUCUUGGUGGCGGCGGCGGCUUUGGCGGCCCCUCAGAGCUACGGCGCUCCUGGCAUUGGAGGAGCUGGUGGUGGUGGCGGUGGCGGCGGCGGCGGCGGCGGCGGAAUCAUAUCUGGAGGUGGCGGAGGUUCUGGCGGGUACAGUGGAUCAGGCGGUUCGGGCGGGUUCGGUGGAUCGGGAGGUUCCGGCGGGUCAGGAGGGUACAGUGGAUCAGGCGGUUCCGGCGGAUUCGGUGGAUCGGGAGGUUCCGGCGGGUCAGGAGGAUACGGUGGACAGGGCGGCGGGCAGUACGCCCCCGCCAACUACAACUUCAAGUGGGACGUGAACGACCAGCCUUCAGGCAACGACUAUGGCCACCAGGAGGAGAGGAACAACGACGACACCAGCGGCAGUUACUACGUCCAGUUACCAGACGGUCGACGUCUUAUAGUCGAGUACUACGUUGACGCGUGGGGGUACCACCCCACCAUCACCUAUGAAGGCCAGGCGCAAUAUCCCAGCGGAUCGGGUGCAGGUGGAGGCCUUGGCGGAGGCCUAGGCGGAGGCCUAGGUGGAGGCUUGGGUGGUGGCGGUGGUGGUGGCCAGGGUUACUAUCAAUAGAUAUUAUGGCUUUCUCAGGCGGGAUUACUACCACAAAAAUUCUCACCUUCGUCCUUGUGGCUUCUGGUUGGCGGAGGUUGCAGGAAGGCUACUACUGCUGUAAACUGCUGUCUUCAGGCUAGCUCUCCCUGUGAUGAUAGCGGGUCAUCAGUCCAGCUAUCAUCAAAGCAGCUAUUCCGGCUAUCUCUGUGAAGAUACAAGUCCUCAAACCAGCUAUGCAUGUGAACGUAGCUGGUUUUUACACUAGGUAUCCCUUUGAAGACAGCCGAUUUUUUUUCACGAACUAUCCCUGUCAAAGUACCGGGUUUCAAAAGGAAGCCUGACAGCACAUUUUUCAACACUUCAACAUCUCAAGAUAGCAGGGUUGCUGCAGGUAGCAGGACUGCUACAGGAAGCCUCGCCAGGAAAGCCACCACAAUCUGGCUCAAACUUGCCAGUUGUCUACGAUCAGAUUGUAAUGUACUUUACUAAGCGCCGAACCAGCGUAGGGCUACUCCCCGUAACUCACUGGUGGAGGCUCGAUCGCCGUCCCUGAUUCUUCAUAGCUUUAAAACCUGUGAUAUUUAUUAAAACCUCUUUGUAACACUAGUUUCCUAACACCAGUUUUGU